AUGCAUUUAAGUCAAGAUGUAACUUUGCAACCGCACCAAAGUCGUCUGAUCGAUUUUAUGCCACCAAAACUUUACGAUCAAUUUCGAUAUGAGCUGAAGGUGGAGGGUAUUAAGGGUGUAACGUUGAGGGAGAGUAAGGAGCUGUAUGCCUCGGAAUAUGGUGGACCGAGAAUUUAUAUUGAAAGUGAUCGGGUGUAUUAUAAACCCAAUGAUAUUGUCCAAUUUCGAGUGAUUAUUCUCGAUGAACAUUUGAGAAUAACGAAAAUUGUCGAACCGAUACGAAUACACAUUAUGGAUCCGGAAAAGAACCGUGUCAAACAAUACAAAGACAUCAAAUUGGAUCGUGGCGUAUUUGCGGGAAAAUUCCAACUAUCCCAGCAACCCAUUUGGGGUGAAUGGACCAUAUCGGUAUUUAUUAGUGGCAAAUAUAACAUGAACCGGGAUUAUAACUUUAAAGUGGAGAAAUAUGUCCUCCCCAAAUUUACUGUUCACAUUGAUAGCCCGGCGAAUUUUGUCGAGAAAGAGCGCUUUAUACCCGUCACCAUAUAUGGCAAGUACACUUACGGUAAACAUGUUGAGGGUAUUGUGGAUGCAUAUCUUGAGGAUCAAAUCGGUUAUACAACUGGCAAUAUUACGGCCACCAUUGGACCGGGCGAGGUAAAGGCGCUAGUCGUACUUGACAUACAUGAAUUAUCGUAUGCCGCAAGGCUUUAUAUUCGCGUCAAGUUAAGAGAACGCCACAGCAAUGUAACGGCGGAGGCCGAUAGUCUGGUCCGUAUUCAGAGAGAUCCAUAUAAUAUAUUUUUACCUGACAGCGGAAUUGAGUUCUGCAAUGGAAAACCGUGUCGUUUGAAUGUCCAUGUUGAGCACUGGAAUGGUACGGCGGUGAAAGAUUCGAAUACCCCAAUGGAAAUGAAUGUCAACGAUGUGAAAUACACAUCGCCUCUGAAUGACAAGGGUGUGGCCUCAUUUCAAGUGGAUACUGGAGAUAAUCGACGUUUUCGAUUUUGGUAUAAAGAUGCUGUGCUAAUUUUUCAUAAUUCAUUUGUGGAGGAGCACAAUCGUGUCUAUGAUAAUUCGAAUUGUAAAUUAACGGUGCUGCCGAGGGGCUCAACGGACCUCAAGGAUCCCAUUGAGGUUGUAAUCCAUUCCGAUGAUUAUAUACCCUACAUCACAUAUACACUUACAAGUCAUGGUAAUAUAAUUGAUCAGAAAUAUGUUGAACUACCGUCCCGACAAAAAUCCCAUAAAAUUACAAUAAAACCAACAAUUGUCAUGGUUCCGCAAUCAUAUCUCUUCGUUUAUUAUAUUGUUAAUGGGGAUUUGCAUUAUUGUGAACACACCCUAAGAUUACCCGAAAAAUUUGAAAAUGAGAUUUCAAUUUCGGCUCCGCGAAAUGUUAAACCCGGCCAAAAUAUCACCUUCAAUGUAAAGGCCCAGCCGAAUUCCAGAGUUUCAAUUGUGGCUGUGGAUAAAAGUGUUCUGAUUCUAAGUUCUCGGAAUUUAUUAAAGAAGGAUAUGAUAAUGCGUGAUUUACGCUUGGACAAAUCCUACCGUCAACAAUAUCCCGAUCCUUUGAUAUAUGAAUAUACACCAGGACAUACAUCGGGUUUGAUUAUUUUUACCAAUGCCAAAUAUAAAAUACAUAAAUUUCAUAUUCCAAUCGAGCCAUGGCCAUCCAAUUUACCAAGCUACCAGCGGCAGGUGUUUCCGGAAACAUGGAUUUUUAAGGAUAUUGAUGUAAUUGAACCCAGCACAGCUUUGACAUUUAAAGUUCCCGAUACAAUAACCACCUGGAUAGUUCGGGCAUUUUCGGUCAAUGAUGACACCGGCUUCGGAAUGUUAGAUGAUAGCCUGGAUAUUGAAGCUUUCCAGCCCUUCUUCAUCAGCGUUAAUCUCCCCUAUUCUGUAAAACGUGGUGAAAUUGUUACAAUACCCAUAACAAUUUUCAAUUAUCUAUCCGAUAAAUUGGAAACUGAGGUUCGAAUGUUCAACAACAAAGACGAAUUUCAAUUUAUGGAUCAGCAAAACCAACCGCUGACCGCAAAAGAAGAUUUCCGAAAAAUAAAUAUAUACGCCAAUGGUGGACGCAGUACCACUUUUACAAUACGACCACAAAAAAUCGGCGAUAUUGAAAUUUACAUCGAAGCCAGAAAUUCAAUAACCUCCGAUACGGUUAUACAUAAAUUAAAAGUUGAACCGGAGGGUAUCGUACACAACACCAAUGACGAUGAGCUUUUGACGGCCACUUCGGAUAAAACAAAGAAAAAGAAAUUUGUUGCCAAUAUUCCCGAAAAUAUUGUACCCGAUUCGGAAUAUUUGGUAUUGACCAUAAGUGGUGAUGCCAUGGCCACCACUGUGGAAAAUCUUGAUAAUUUAGUGCAGAAACCCUCUGGGUGUGGGGAGCAAAAUAUGAUUAACUUAGUGCCGAAUAUUUUAAUUUUGGAUUAUUUGAAAAUUCUAAAUAAAUUCGCAAACAAAACGGCUUUGGUGGAGAGAGCAAAGAAUUACAUUGAUACGGGUUAUCAACGUGAAUUAACAUAUCGUCAUCCGAAUGGGGCCUAUAGUGUUUUCGGGCCACACUCUAGUACUGAGAAUAAUUGGCUUACGGCCUAUGUUACACGCUUUUUUAUUAAAGGGCAAAAAUAUUCCGCCAUUGAGAGCAGAAUUAUUGAAAGUGGUCUGACAUAUUUGAGUAAUGAACAGUUGGAUGAUGGCAGUUUCCCGCAUCGUGGAUUUCUUUUUGAUCCCUCACAUCAAAAUCAAUAUGGGUUUACUGCCUUCGUACUCCUGACAUUUUUGGAGGAUGCGAAAUAUUCCAAAAAAUACAACCCCUUGAUAGAGAAGGGUCUGAAUUACCUGAAAACCAAUUUGAAUCGUGUAGAGGAUGUCUAUUCCUUGGCCAUUAUGGCCAAUACUUUUCAAAAGGCUAGAAGCAACAACGAAGCUAAUAGAAUUCUCGAAAAAUUGAAAAGAUUCACCCGUGAAGGUGAUGGCCUCAAAUGGUGGACCAAAAAUAAUAAAAAUGAAGAAAGUGCCAAUGAUGUGGAAAUUACAGCCUAUAUUCUAAUGGCACUACUGGAAUCCACCUCCUCCUCCAUGCAGUCGGAUUAUUUGCCCAUAUAUAAUUGGCUUUUAAAACAACGAAAUAGUAAAGGUGGAUUUGGUUCUACACAGGAUACAGUGGUGGGGCUGCAGGCUCUAAUUAAAUAUGCUGAGAAAUCCGCACAUAUCCAAGCCACUAAUGUGAAGGUCCAAUAUGUGGCCACGUGUAAUCAGGGAAAGAACCGUAAGGAAGGCCUCCUUACUGUGGAUGGGGACAAUGAAUUGAUAUUGCAAAAGGAGGAGUUACCACCCAAUACCCGUUCCGUCGAAGUGGAAAUUACAGGCACCGGCCGUGUAUAUGCCCAAUUGUCAUGUCAAUAUUACACGACCCAGCCUGCCGGGGGUUCUCCUUUUCCCAUAAUCCCAGAGGCCACAACCAAAAAAAUGAUAUCCUUUCCACCACGAAUAGGCGAACCAAUUGCCGCUCCAUCUAUACCCGCCCUGGCAUCAAACCUCGGCAUUGGUCAACAAAUUCCAAUAUCAUCUACUUUGGUCCACGAAUAUUUCUCUAUCAAGCCACAGGCUAAAAUCACCUCAUCCAAUGAUAUGUCCUUGGAAAUAUGCUACACCUAUCGUCCCUUUACCGAAGAAGAAAAACUUACCAAUAUGGUUAUUUUAGAGGUGGCCUUCCCCUCAGGUUACAUUGCAAAUAUGGAAAAUCUUAAUAGCUUACGUGAUGAAGAGCAAAUAAGUCGUAUCGAUAGUGAAAAAUCGGAAACAAUGAUAUCAAUUUAUUUUGAAAAAUUGGAAGCAGAUGAUGAGCACUGCCUUACGGCAAUAGCCGAUAAGGUCCAUGAUGUGGCGGGCCUUAAACCGGCAUGCAUUAAAAUGUACGAUUUUUAUAAUGAUAAACGGCGAACAACUAUACUCUACGAAUUGAAAUAA